AAACUUUGAAAUUCUUCACCGCACCUCAAUAAACUACACCAACUUGCACCCAUCGUCUCGCAUACAACUAUCUUCCGAAGGAGGAUUCUUGCUAUUCAUUCGCUGUCUAUGGGACCGUUUGCAUGAUUACUAAAAUUCAAGAUUAUCGCUGCAAUAUUUAAAUCGUCUCAAAACACCUGUCGCCUCAUGAAUUUUCACGAUGGCACGACUGAACGAGCCAAUGGUGUCAACAGAUAGCGUCGAGACGCUUCGUCGAAAGUUUCUACGCCAGAAUCGCGAUAUCGCACGAGUAAAUUCGACCCAAUCACUCAAAAUAAGAUCCUUAGAAAAUGAAUGUGUUCGCCUACUAUCUGAAAACCUCGACCUUCGAGGACAAGUCUUGCGACUCCAGACCGAAUUAGAGGAUAGCAAAGCCCAGAAAAUCGCAGAUCAUGCCCUCGAGAUUAAAGAGAAGAUGGAAGCGCAAUUAGCAGAAUGGGGGACUAUGCUUGCUGGUUUAGGACACGAGCCGAUCCCUAAGAGCAGAUCGCCAAGGGAAUCCAAGAAGGCAAAGCAUAGGUCUAGCAUUGGUCGCAUGAGCAUGUCUGAAUGGAAGAGAAGGGAUACAAUGAACUCGAGCUCCAUGAAGGACUUGGAAGCCGCUGCUGCCCAAGAGGGUAGAUUAGCGCCUAUCUGGGAAAAUAAACCAUGUCCUCGUGAGACAUUAACCCGAGACGAGAUUCUGGCAUUACGUUCUGUCGUCGAUGAUAACGACGAUUCUCCGGAUCUUGGACCUCCACCUGUAUCACGAUUUGUUGAUGAAGAUCCUGUCAAGAUUGAUCUACCAGCCAGGCGCCUUUUGCCUACGUCGGAUUACUCGCCUCCGGAGAAGCCAUCCUAUGAGCUUGAGGCCAAACCAGAAUCACCCUCUUCCCCUAAGGUGGACGUCCGUAAAGAUGAAGCAAUCAACGAUGCGACCACUAUCAACAUCGAGUCACAGGAUGCCAGAUCAGCUAUGGCCGAGUCUCCCACUAAUAACACCGUGAAGGCCGGUCUUAAGAGAAAGCAGAGAGAAGAGGAUGAGAAAGAAAACACUGUUAUUUCUAGGCUGACAUCCCUUACUGCUGCGGUUGUGAAGGAAGGUCCAGGAUCAGAGAAAGCCAUGAAUGUCAAACCCCGUACUCUUGGCCGACCUAUCAAGCCUCCCUCGAGCCGAAAAGAAGCUCGAGACAAGACAUCAGCUUCCGCCGCUCCAAGAAAACCAUUAUCGGCCAAGAGCUCGAACGAAUAUAUUAAGUCGCCGAAGAAGAAUGCGAAGCCUUCCGCUCCGGAAGAGGUUACAAAAGACGAUUUGAAGCCAAAGAAGAACCCCACGCCUGUCGAGAUACCACUCCCACCCCCCCAAUCACCUGAGCCAGUGGCAGUCAUGAAUGUAGAGAUUGAGACCGAGACCGAGACACUUUCUGCAGAACCUAACUUAGCCGUCCCUGAUACACCAGAGCCUAUGCCAAGGGAUGAGGUGAGAGAUACGCCACCUCCGACCGAUAUCUCAUCUAGGGGAGAGACAUCACGAGGAAGUCGCAGAGCUAGGGCCGCUGUUAGUUAUGCUGAGCCCAACCUUCGGGACAAGAUGCGACGGCCUUCGAAGCAGCUACUUGACGCUGUGUCUGGUGAGGGUAAAAACAUUAGACGAACUAGUCAGUCAUCUUCUGGCCCCUCAUCCGUUGUCAAGUCAGAGGAGAAGGCAGGGUCAUGGAAGGAUCUUCCCUCGGCUCACAGCGCAAGAUCGACACCGGAUGUCAUGGCUAGCCCCCUAGCACAGAAAGGAUCGAGGAACUCGUCUACGGAUGAUUUAUCUACUAGCGUGGUGGUGAAUAGGAAGACACGAAACCCGCAAGUAGUAGGCGAUGUCGAUUCUUCGUCAUUAUUAAGUGGAAGCAAGUCGGGUCCUCGAUCGACCAACCGCCGUUUACAUGACAUCGCAGCGCGUGAAGCCGAAGUCGCACAGAUGUUCGACGACAGCUCCGAUAUUUACGACAUUCCCCAGGCAUCACCAAUCGAUAACUCGAAGCGUGCAAGGGAAUCGGAGGAUGCUAUUAUUAAGAAGAUUAGCAACAACAAGGGAGCCCGACGUUCGAGAUCAAGACGAUUAUCAUCAGUGCUCCGAGAGGACUUGGAUGUUGAGCCAGAAGCCCAGAGCAACCAGAAGGGGUCAAGACAGGCAGGCUCUAGCAGACGGGCGACUAUGGCUACAUCGAAGGAAUCGAAGAUUGAAUUGGAACACUCGGUACUCGAAAGUUCUGUGGAGGGAGAUAGCCUGACCAGUACAUCUUCGGCCGAACCAGAUGGCUCCACGCGAGAUCGGGCCGCGACUAGGCGGAGGAGCAUGAUGUUAUGAGGGAAAAGAGGAAAAGAAUUGCAUUCCACUAUGAUAAUGAUUCUCACGGUCGUUUGAGCAAAACUUCUUUUUUUUCUUUUUCUGUUUUCAGUUGGGGUAAUUGUAUUGAUUAAAUAAUCACCAGGCUGAGAACAGGUGUUGUCGGUUGAUCAUAGUUCAUUUUCAUGGCGUUUGGUUGUACGCACGUUACUCCUUAAGAGUGCACAGGAUACCAAAUCAAGUCUUUUUCGUUCUUUGCCAACAACGGAUUGUUUCAUUAAUCAAG